AUGCAAGUUGCCGAAAUCCUAUCAGAUCUGACUUCCCUGCGAGUCUGUGACCACCACGAUGCCCUCGCGCUAGUGACCGUCAACAAUCGGAUCUGCGCCUCGAGACUUCCCUCCGAGCUCCCUCACUCGGGGCUAACAAAGAACGAAGACCCCCAGGAAUCAGCCGAUGAUGACCUGCGACGCGCCAAAGAGCUGGUGGAACUACACUACGAGAUCAAGGCGCGACAUGUCGAUGGACGGGUGGAUGGAGAGUUGGCGCAGGCGAGGGAGGAGGUCGAUCGGCCCGUGCAUCAACCUCUACACCACAGCAAGAUUGAAGCCAUCCCCACCGGCUUCCGGGCGGACAGUUCCUCCGAUGUCCGGAGCUCUGCGGUGAGGCACUUGGACCAGCCGCGCAGCCUUGGGCGGCGCGAUCACCAAAGCGAAGAAUUUCGAAAUCCUGCCCAGAGCUCUGUUAUUCCCCCAGUUUUUCACGCGUUCCCCCGUGCUCUCUGCAAAGUUACCAACUCCCCCUCAUCCGGGCUGAACGGGCAGCGCAAUCUCACCAUGGCGACCACCGUGGAUGCCAAGCUGCUGAAGCAGACCAAGUUCCCUCCGGAGUUCAGUCGGAAGGUCGACAUGACCAAGGUCAACAUCGAGGUGAUGAAGAAAUGGAUCGCGGGGAAAAUCUCGGAGAUCCUAGGCAAUGAAGAUGACGUCGUGAUUGAGCUGUGCUUUAAUCUGCUAGAGGGGUCCCGCUACCCGGAUGUCAAAUCCCUACAGAUCCAGCUUACGGGCUUCUUGGACAAGGACACGGCCAAGUUCUGCAAGGAGCUGUGGUCUCUCUGUCUGAGUGCCCAGCAGAACCCCCAGGGCGUGCCGAAGGAGCUCCUGGAGGCGAAGAAGCUGGAACUCAUCCAAGAGAAGAACAAGAGCGGAUACGAGAGCGCGAAAUGGAACAGCUGCGGAGAAGAGAGCGCAACGAUCGCAAUCGGGGAGGCAGAAGGGGCGGAGGCCGCGACUUUGAUAGACGUCGGUCUCCGCCGCGGAGACACAGUCGGGAGCGUUUCCGAGAGCCGCCUGCUCGUCGCGAAUUCGAUUCCUACGUGCCCUCGGGGUCUCGUCGCGGCCGUUAUCCUUCCCGAUCGCCCAGUCGCUCGCGCUCUCGAUCGGUAUCCUCGUCUCGAUCGCCCCCUCCUCGUCGGCAGCGCCACGCAAGCAGGGACCGCGGGGGCAGAGACGGGCCCAGGAACAGAAGAGACACACACAGACGCCGCCGGUCGAAGAGACCGACGGAGACCCAGAUCCGCGUCUUCCCGCAGUUCAUCCCGGUCCAGGUCCCGGUCGCCGCUAGAGUCGGAGGAGAAGGGCGCCGCCAGACGGAGGAAAUCUUCGCCUUAUUCUUCACGAGCUGAUAAGAGAGAAUCCCCCGCUGAUUUUGCAAAGGCCCGCAAGUCCCAUGACCACCGCCGCUUGAGUCGCAGCAGAGAUCGCGACGACCACCGCAGGCGUCGAUACACCAGAAGCGUCAGCCGCAGCCGCAGCCGCAGUCGCAGUCGAGGCCGUACUCGCAGCGUCAGUUCCAGCUCGGGACGGGGAGACUCGCGCAGCCGCAGCCGCAGCCACAGUCGUGGCCCCAGGGACAGGAAGCGACGUCGUUCCCUUCAAAGAUAUGCCCCUGCCGCUCGACGUCGUCGUAACACCUCUUCCGUAUCCGUCCGUAGUGAUAAACGACAGAGGAUGACUGAUCAGGAAGAACCGUCCGCACGAGGCUCGACCUCGCCUCCGCCGCCCGAGAAACCCAGCUCGGCGGAUCAAAAGCCCAAGGAUACCGAAGAGAAUCGAACUACUACUUCUCACACCCGUAUCUCCGGCACCGAAUUGCGCGAGAAACUUCUUCGCGAGAAGUUGGUUGCCAUGCGACGAACUACCUCUAACAACCAGCCAGGUAGGUAG